AUGGCGACGUUAUCAGGGUAUUUAGCUAUACUUGCAGUUGAUAUAGCAAAUGAUAACCCAGUAAUCAAGCAAACGAUUUCGCUUGUGGAUUUUUUGCCAGCUCCAGAUUUCUUAUUUCUCAUGAGCUAUGACUUCAAGCUUACCUGUUCUGCAUAUUUUAGUGAUUCCACAAGUUCCAAUUGUACGAACGCAAUCACAUACGAUUAUAACAGCGGUUACUACUACGCGAAGUUUACAAAUGAUGGUAGUUUCAAGAUGUCACCACCAUCAACCACAACAAAGAUGAUUGAGGGCUUGAAUUUUAUUUUUGUAAUCAAAGACCCUAAAUUUAAUGCUUCUAAUCCGGAUUCUUUGGUUAUUAUGGCUAAUGACGCGGAGGGGAUAAAUUCAGAGACCUUAGCAAAUUCCGGUUCAAAUUAUCAAUCGUCAAUUUAUGGAAUGAAUUCUUUUAUAAUUGGUUAUGAUGUCAAUGCAAACCUUGCAUAUACAAGAUCAAUUAAGGAAAUUAUCCAGCCAAGCCCAUGGACAAAUUUCGGAAUACCGCCACAUUAUAGUAGUGAACCUUACAUUAAUGCUGAUGUUCGAGUUAAAAGCUUGUUAGUCACGGUCGAGACUGAGCAAAGGUCAAAAACGGUAUUAAGUUCGUUUGCUUUAUUCGGUGGUGCAUGGGGUCUUGCCGCUGGGGUAUAUACACUAUUUUUCGGGCACGACACACAAAGGCCCUGGGGUUGCGCACAAACAUGCUGUUGUAUAUUCUCGAAAAAAGCAAAAUCCCAUUUCCGUAAUACGUUUCCCGUGAUACCACUAGCCGGAAAUGCGAAACUCGCGUCACCGGAAAGCAAUUUAAUUCCACAGUCACAAGAUCCUGCGGUUCAACAUUUACAACAACGAUUGGAUGCACUCGAGCUCUUUUUAAGAGAUU